CUCGCAGAUCCUGUGGUGAAGCGUCGGCCGUCACCAACAAACAAUAGCCGCCAACUGGACAAUCAGGAGGUGAGGUCCCUCCAGCAGCACAGCACAGCUCCAUCCAGAGGCCUGGUGCAGACCGACAGCCCCAACUUCCUCUGCAGCAGUUUGCCACAGCACUGGAGGUGUAACAAGACCCUACCAAGAGCCUUCACCGUUGUUGCCCUGGGAAAUGAUGUGCCAGACGGCGUCGUUGUCACUCUGAUGGCUGGCAAUGAAGACAACUGUAACGCUGAGCUACGCAAUGCCACAGCAACCAUGAAGCAAGGCUACGCUCACUUUAAUGACCUCCGUUUCAUAGGUCGCAGCGGGAGAGGCAAGAGUUUCACACUUUCCAUCAACGUGCUGACGUCACCCCCUCAGAUCGCCACCCUACACAAAGCCAUCAAAGUGACUGUGGAUGGACAGCGGCUGCCAAGACGACCAAGGCAGAAGGAGGCCAAGUCGGGAGCAUUCAGGCCGUCCAGCAGCAGCACCGCAUCAUCAGAUUGUAGAUCUUUUUCCUCCUCUCUGUGGACCAAUGAGCCAUCAUUUCUGGGCCAGGUGACCUCUUUGAGUUCCUCCUUCACUCCAAGUCCCAGAAUGCACCACCUGUCUGCCUUCUCCUACCCCACACAGCCCACACCAUACAGCUCGUACCUGUCUUCCCCUCCUCCCCCGCCUCCUCUCAGCCACAGUGGUCCAUUCCAGCCAAGCAGCUUCUACUACGGACUAAACCAACCGCUCCAAACCUCGGGGGAGGACCGCAACAGCAUCUCAGCGGUGACCAAUUAUAUUGAAGGGGCGUGUCUUUCUGUGCGAGGAGAGGAGCCCGUCUGGAGGCCAUAUUGAUGGUUGAAUGUGUUUAAAUCUGCUUAAAAUCAAAUAUUUUGUGAGUUUGAGGAAUUUUUUCAGCCAGCCACCCACCCAAAACAGAACAGGAUUCUUUAAACUCAAACUGUUUGUCAGUAGCUGUAACUUCUGUGUGCUGUUCUCAGUCUUUACAUUGUUAUGAAAAAUGUUUAUGUGUUACGUUAUUGAUUUUAUUAUUAUAUGCAUACAU